AAACCUCCACAUUUGAUGCGCGAGCAGUCUCUGUCUGCAAACCAAAUUAAGCUGGUUUCUAAAAACCAUGCUGACCAGUCUGGUGACGUAGUGGUGCUCCACCACAAAAUCAUUUACCAAAUAGAGUAAAAGAAGAAGACACCAAAACAACAAAAAAAAUCACUGCAAAAAAAACAACAACAACCAAGAGUCAACUGCAGUGGCAUUUCACAGAAGUUUUCUCGGGACAGCGAGACGGUGAACAGCAGCUACAGGAUGGACUACACACCCCACACGUCACACAGGCCCGACGCUGUCAUGUGCCAAAGGGCUUUUCACAGAUCAGAGGGUCUUCCCUUAAGGCAGUUAUUUUCUCAUCAUGACGUCCCCUCCUCCCACUGCCUGGUGUCACAGUAUGAUGAGUCGUACGGGCGGCAGGCCUCCUCUCUGCCCACACUGCACUCCUGGAGCUCUUUCAAAUUGGCAAGGGUCCCAGAGAGGUCAGAUCACCCAAUCCAAGGACCCCCUACUAAUUUUGGCUUGGCGGCUUCUUGGCGAGCUCGCGUGGAACAACGGCGUGCAGUUGUGCCCACACUAAGCGAGUAUAGGGCUUCAUACCCUCUGCACCCCAUCAGCGCCUUCUGUUAUUCUCACCACGUCAGCAUGCCCAAGCGCUUCUCCAGCAGUCAGCACCCUGCCAACCUCAGCAACGAGGACCUGGCACUGAAACACAGACCCUGCAGGCAGGUCUCCAGUAAUCCAGCCAGCCUGCUGUGACCCUUACCCCACCUUCAGCCCUCCAGUACCACACAGGCUGCCCCCAACCUGGGGAGAGGGCUUCAAGUACCUUGUUUUAUUAAUAAGUGGAACCUAAAACCAAAGAAACAGGAGCUUUUCGCUGGGUUAAGACAAAUAAAAGUUAUA